CAUAAUUAAGGGUGUGUCCUUAUAUUUGUUCAGGAGGCAAGCUUCCAAUGACAUGGUAUCCAGAAGAGUACCUUAAGAGCUUAGCAAUGACAGAUAUGGCAAUGCGUCCAAGACGAAGCAAAGGGUACCCUGGAAGAACCUAUCGAUUUUACAACGGUCCAGUUGUGUACCCUUUUGGUUACGGAUUAUCCUACUCUCACUUUCUUCACACUCUCGCUAGCGCGCCAAAGACGGUCUCAGUUCCUGUUCAUGGCCACCGCCAUGGAAACACCACAAACAUCUCUAAUAAAGCAAUUAGAGUGACACAUGCACGAUGCGGCAAGCUCUCAGUUAGCCUCCACAUUGAUGUCAAGAAUGUUGGCUCCAAAGAUGGCUCUCACACGCUCUUAGUGUUCUCCGCGCCCCCGGCCGGUAACGGCCAUUGGGCGCCGCACAAGCAGUUGGUAGCGUUUGAGAAGGUCCGUGUUCCUGCUAAGUCGCAGCAGCGAGUCAAGAUUAAUAUUCAUGUUUGCAAGCUUUUGAGUGUGGUUGAUAGGUCUGGGACAAGAAGAAUUCCAAUGGGGGUGCAUAAUCUUCACAUUGGUGAUGUUAAACAUUCGUUGUCCGUACAAGCAGAAACACUUGGGAUUAUCAAGUCCUAAGAAGCAAGAAUUUUUUCCAUAAUCUUCAUGUAAGUGUAUUAUAACCAUCAAUUUGCUCAUAUGUUAUGGAUAAGAAGAAGCUAGCUAAGGGAUUGGAAUUGGAUACUACUUUAGAUUGAUUCAUUAAGCAUUGUGGAAUAAAGUAUUAGGGUUUAUUGCAAUUUUUGGAGAAGGGAUCAAGCAAAUGUAUUGUUCUCUACUCCCAAAUUCAUUUGCCAUAUAUGUUGACCACUUCAAGUGGUCUGAUUUGUGUUCUUAUUAGUUGUACGCUGAUUGUAAUCAUCACUUAUAGUUUUUUUCAUCAUUAUUGCAAGAUUGAUAGUAAGAA